AUGGAUCGCGUGGUGAUAGUCGGUGCCGGCCUGUACGGUCUCAUCGCCGCAAAGACGUAUUUGCAGGUUUCAGGCACCUACGAUAACCAGAACCACAAGGAUGAGACCUUCGAAACCACCGAGACCGCUGAUGAAGUGCCACCCUGUUUUUCCGACAUCAGACAUACAGUGAAGCAUAUGCCCGGAUGUUGUCUCCUCGUGCUGGAUGCGGCAUCAGACAUUGGAGGGACCUGGGCAGAAGAGCGUCUUUAUCCCAACCUACUGAGUCAGAACUCUUAUGGGUUGUAUGAGUUUAGUGACUUGCCUCUGUCGGACGUGGUCCCGGAUGAAGCGGCGAGCGCGGGGCAGCAAUUUAUCGCGGGCUGGAAGAUUAACCGUUACCUGCAUGCCUGGGCUCAGAAAUGGGACCUCAAGAAGCGAAUCCGAUUGAACUGGAGGGUUGAGAGUAUUCGCAGGCUUGAUAGUAAGGAGUGGGAACUCCAGGUCAACAUUACUUCGACCCCGGCGCGUGGCUUGAGGAUCAUCUGCGACAAAUUGAUUUUGGCCACAGGGUUGACUUCAGUGCCGAAUACGCCGGUGAUAAACUCAUCUCCGGUAGACACGAAGACCUCCACGUCUGUCAUCCACGCGAAGGACAUUGGUGAUUGGGCUCGCAAAAAUCUAGGAUACCAACCUCUGCCCUUGUUGGAAGAGCUAACACAAGGGGAUGGCCAGAGUAAACACCACAGCGCACCACUAUGUUCUGUAGUGGUGUACGGAGGCGCGAAAUCCGCCUUCGACCUGGUCCAUUUCUUCGCAACUCUACAUCGUAAGGAUCCUGCACUGCACCUGAAGUUUGCGCCCAAGGAACCAGUCACGGUGAAUUGGGUCAUCCGCAAAGACGGAGCAGGGCCCGCAUGGAUGGCACCGCCAACUUCGCCGCUUCCGAAUGGCGAUGUUGUUGCAAGUGAUAGAGCAGCCAGCACCAGGUUGCUUCAUUAUCUGGACCCAUGCUGCUACGAGAUCCCCAAGCGGGUGUCGCUAUAUCACACUGCAGAAGGCCGAAGCUGGGGCUUACGUGUGGAAGGAUCAUGGCUGUUCCGUCUCAUCCACGGCAAUCCUCUGGGCCGAUGGUGUGUUCGCUGGUUCUGGCGCUCCGUGGACCGAAACUUUGAACAAUUUGCGGAUUACCAGUCAGAACCGAAGAUGCAAUCAAUUCGGCCCUGCAAUGGCGUCGUCUCGUGUGCCUCCAGUAUUGGCAUCGCCAACCAGCCCGAUCUCUGGGACACGAUCAGGCUACCACAUGUGAAAAUAUACAGAUCUGGCAUUCAGAAAAUAACGGCCUCGAAGGCACAGGACAAGGGCCAAGAGGCAACAAGUAUCCAAGUAUCGCUUGGCGGUGAUACCUGCCUUGAUGAUGUAGACCUCGUGGUUCAUGCGACUGGAUAUAAGCCUAUUGUCCCCAUCAAGUUCGACCCGCCGAGCUUUCGUGUCGAGCUAGGUUUAGCAGGGUUAGUGGGAUCCCGUUCCGAAACAGGUACCACAAUUGGAAACAGCGAGUCGUCCGAUUAUGCGGAGCUUCCUCAGGAUGCGGAAGUCAAUGAGCAAAUCGAACACUGGAAAUCUCUAGACGAGCAGUCAAUCGCCUUGGUGAGAAAGACCUUGUCCGCGACUGGGUGUGCACCUGCAGGUCGAGACGCGCCAACAUGGACCGGAAAUAAUCAACUUAUCCCGUAUCGCCUCUUCCGUCGCAUGGUUGCCCCGAAGCUGGUUGCGGAGGGAGAUCGUUCCUUUGCAGCCAUUGGCAUCGUGCUCACAUCCACCAUUGCGGUUGUCGCUGAGGUCCAAGCACUUUGGGUCGCUGCAUUCUUGACUGGAGGGUUCGAUGAAACUUUUGCAGCACACACGCCAACCCGGCCCAUGGGCCUUGCUCUCGAACGGAUGCCUCAAACCGCCAUGGAGAAGGCCAUAUCUGAAGAUGUGGUACUCGGGUCGCUGACAGGCUCCGGUCUUCAGGUCGAUGCUAUCCAUUAUAACGAUAUGCUCAUGCACGAUCUAGCGUUAAACCCACACCGUUUAGGAGGGGGUUUCGUGACGGAGCUCACGGGGGUGGUUCACAUGCAGUGUCUCACAACAUCUACUCCCAAGGCUCCUCAUCCGCACACCCUUUGCUCCCAAAAGCAUCAACCAGGGAUAAUGAGUUCCCAAAACCCAACCCCGAACACUACCCCAGCGAGUACCCCGCUUGUGCCGGUUACGAGCCCAGGUACUGCGUCAAACAGACGCUCGGAUGAUAUAGGUCACAGUGACUACCUAGGUGUCCCGACCCACAGCAGCCAAUUUAUCGGUACCCCUGUUGUGCUCCCCACCACUUCAAGUGGUGUUGAUGAGAUGCAACCUGCCCGGCUAGCUACGCAUAUUCUCACCCUUCCAUACAUGGUAGCCAAGGAGUAG